GCAGAUGCUGCCAUUUCUUAUUAGAAAUUGCCAGUCUGCUCAGAUGCAAUUGGGAAGGUUCGACAACUGUGAAUUGUUUUGAAGUUCUUUGAGAUAGCUGGGCAUAAUCGUCAUUUAUAUCAGUUUUAAAAUAAAUAAUAUUUGUAGUUUAAGUGGUGAACUUGUAGAGGCAUAGAAUUUUUCCGGGCUGCUCUUAUUGAUUCUACUAGUUGAAAUGGCAAAUGUAUUUGUUUAUUUUUGAUUCGUCUCUCAAUAAGAGAAUGAGUGGAAUCGCAUUCCAUUUGCGUGUGACCUACUACUAAGUAUUUGUGUUCUAUGGUAAUGUCUUUUUCCACACAUAAAGAGAGCAACGCAUUAGAAAGGACAACAUUUCUGUUUUGGUAAGAACAACCAUCAGAGUAGAUAACUAUGUGGUGAAUGUGAGGAUGUUUCAAACUGACUUAUAACAUUGUGUAUAGUGAAGUUGUGAACUUGUAGUUUCAUUUUAUAAUAAGAGGAGCUGGCGUUGGACUGGGGUAUAAGUUUAACUGCCUCCAUAUCUAUGCAAAAUAGUAGAAAUGCACCUAAUUUGGCAUUUUCGACAUCAUUUUGCUUUUCAUUUCGCAUCUUUUCAAUUUCAUUUCGGUGAAUGUCAAAUAUAUCCUGUGACAAGUUGUUUGAUUUAAAAAAUAAACAUAAGUCACACUGGUAAUUUCGUGGUUUAAAUAACGAGUAAUUGCUUGAUUUAAAAACAUUCAUAAAAAUUGGAAAUGAUACUCGAGCAAUAUCAUUGUUUUUAUGUUCUUCGCAUGAUUGAGAAUAAAGUUCAUAAAUCUGUCUGUAUGUUUUGAAAUCUGCUUCAAAAUAUAUUUUUGUUGUAUAUUUGCGAUGAUAGUGCGACUCCAACUUUGGUAAAUCUUCUAACCAGUUUUACUCUUUUGGGUGCAAUGUAAGCCACUGGAUUGGGUCCAACAACGUACCAUUUUUUCUGAUAAGCCCAAAGUUGAUAGAAACAUUUGCCGACAAACUUGCAUUCGAUUUGUAUUGUGCUUUAGAAAAUAAUAUUUAGUGUUGGAGCGUUUGGAAUUUUCAACAGUUACACGUUGUGUUUUGGAACAUUCAAUGAGGUUUGUUACAUAUAAUUUUUUUUCAUCCCACGACAUUAUGCAGAACGAGUCAAAAAUUUCUUUACGAGUAUCUUCUGUAAAAUGGGAGCAAAAUCGAAUGGAACUUUUCUCACAGAACUUCGACUUACACGCAUCUUUCAUUUCUCUGGGCUUUCUAUAGCUUAUAUUUCCUUUAGAUAAACAUUGAUAUUUCUGUCCUGCCAUACGUUUUUGCUGGUUAUUAACUCUCACAUUUUUUGUAGUAUUACUCGCAUUUCUGGUUGCACCACUUGCUAAAUUAUUUUCCGACAUAUUUUCACUAUCCGAAUUCAUAUUAAUGAUAUGUAAUUUUAUUUAGUUAAACACUGAGAUCGCUGAAAAAACACGUGUACUGUUUACUAAAAACUUUAAUUGUGUUUACUGUGCUGUCUACUACAAAGCAAAACGGUGUAACGGGACAAGGCCGUGUGUGUAUUGUGUGGUGUUUGUUGUUGUGUGUAGUUAGGGCUCUUUGCAUUUAUCAAAACAAACACUUUGUAGUAAGGGCCUUUUGUAUUUCGUUAAUAAAACAACUAUUUUUAAUCGUAUGACUAUGUAAUUUUGUAUGAACAUGUAGUUUGAAUAAAUAUAUUAUAAUCAAUCAAAAAACCCAUUUUGAUUUUUUUGUUAGUUAGGGAUGUAGUGCAGGUCGCCUCCACGCUGGUGCAUCCUGGGUAACGCCAAAUGGCCUGCGGCCUUCACGGCCUUACAACUCCCUUGACGACUUUUCUGGCAUCGAACUGGUUUUUAGAAUAGGAAACUUAUCUGGAUCUGUUAGAACCCUGGGCUGGUGGUGACGGCAUUCUGGCACCUGAGUAUGAUGGGGUGACACCCAUCAGAAAUGGCUGUCGGGCUAAUGUCGGAACUGUCUCCGUCCCGUUAAAACCUUGGCAGGCCUCAGAGUACGUUCCCCCCCCGUCGUCAUUAAGUUGGCGUGGUAGGUGAAAGUUGAGACGACUCCUUCUUUACGCUGGUCGGCUCUGAACGUAUUGCCUCAUAAGGGCGUACGUCAACCCUCGCCUUGGCCUCAUCACUGAGACAACCUUGGGACCAUAAAAGGCGACUACCUCUCCGGGGGUCGGAUAGCGGCUCUGAGUGGGGACCCUUACAGCAUGGACACAACACCAAAAAACGUGGACGAGAAGGUGACAAAGGGAGGUGAAGGGGAGUCGAAAUCGACACCCGGAUCUGUCCCAGGGGGGGCUGCUGCUCCCGGGACGACGAAAUCGUCGCCACGUAGUAGCAGGACUAAGACCCUGGUAGGAGUCUCCGCAUCAGGCGGUAGGAUGAGGGAAGCCGGCGCAAACCCGCCAAAACAGGUAGGGAAGGGUGGAGCCCUCAUACACGACGGAAUCGCCAGCACUAGCAGAGGAACUUCUGCUAGAGUUAUGAAGGGGUCCACAGGGGGCUUUAGCAAAGGGGCUUUAGCUAGGAAGCUGAAGUCGGACCGUCGAUUAGCGGCAAAAAUAGUGAAACGCUACGGUGGUGAGCAUGCUGGUCAGGUAUCUGAGCAGCAUGCUAACACGCUGGAGUGGGCCAAGAAGGUGUUAAGCGAGAGCGAGACCGAUGGGUCACGACUCGAAGCGAAUAGACACGAAACAGCGGUUAAGGGGCAAAGGUCGCACGAGGGAGAAACCUCUCUUGGCAAAAAACCGAGAACGGGGGCGGCGCCAACCUUCAGCGAGAUUGCUAAAGGUGCUGAUGCUAGGAUACUUGGCGUUCUCAACCGCAGCAGGGAGGACGGGGCUAUCUCCCAUGAAGAGUGGAAGAGAGUAGCGGCGGCUAUCUCUUCGGUCUUCCUUAGGGUGGUCGAGGAAAACCCUGGGCCACCCCCAAAAUGCGUUAGUGCCGGCUGGCAUCAUGGGCUGCACAAGCUGACUAGGUGCGUCGAUGAAAGAUCGGCCAUCUUAUACAAGAAGGCAGUCUCUCUGGUGGGGGAGGUUUGGAAGGGAGCCAGACUGGAGGCCGUGGACAAAGAGGAUCUUCCUCUUCGCCCUAGGGCUCGCGUCUGGUUGCCGGCCGAACCGUCCACUGCGAAGGAGAUAGAGGAAAUCCUCAGGUACUGCAACCCCACACUCCCUGCGCACGACUGGAGGGUUUUAAGGCUGGAGAGAACCAAUGAACCAUAUCGGCAAGCGCUGAUAAUGCUUAAUGCGGAGCCCAUCGGUCCUCUCAGCAGAACCAAGGGAGCCAUCAACUAUGGGUUCGAAAUGAUGGUACUGAAGGUACUCCCAACGGAUGCCAGGGCUGAUGGCGCUCAAGCUGCAGAUGCGGGGGAGAAGGGAGAAGGCGUUAGCGAUGGUCAAGCGACCACGGAAAGCGACCCAAGCCUCUCGGACGUGACGAGUACUGGAGGCGGAUCGUCGAUCGGCGACUCCGUUUUCAGCCUCGAACAAUUGUUUGAGGAGGUGAGGGUCGAUCAUGACCUAAGCGCUGAACUGGCGCUUCUAGAGGAUAGUCUGAAGGAUGAGAUUCCUCCAGAUUAAC